CUCUAACAUGUGAUUUAUUCAGAAUCUCAGGUAUAAGAGCUGCAAGAGGCAAAGGGUAUCCUACUUAAUGCCAGAUACAAAUCUACUCAGUAUUAUCGUGUUAAAUAACCACCAAAAAGCCUCUUUACCUUCUAUCAAUAUGAAGACUGGAUCCUCCUUCCUUAAAGUUCUAUUUACUGGUAGCUUUGUAAGCGCCAAGUAUACGAUUGAGAUUCCUAAAGAUGCCAUCUGGGUUACAAACUGGGAUCAACUUCAUAAAAUAGGUGCACAGUACCCUGAUACAGCCUUGGUUGAAAAGUAUGGUGGCAAUGUAAUUGAAGUCGAUGGAAAAAUUGUUGUUGCGACAGAUGAGGAAAUGACCAAACAGAUUGACAGCUGGAUUAAAGAGUUGGAAAAGAAUGAUAUAGAGGUUGAAGCAGAGACAGAGACUUCAAAGAGGCGAGAUGUGGAGAUUCCUGGACCCUACCGCCAAUGCAGUCACCCUCGCUGCUUUUAUGAUGUCACUUGUCAUUCUUAUACUAAUUGUCACAUCUCUCUAUGGCCAGGAUGCUGCAAAUUAAUCAGACGCGAUUGCCUCUGGCACCCUAAUCUUGCAACUAAUGGGCCAUUAUAUAUUGUGUUAGCAGACAAGCCAGCCGUGUCCCCAACAAUCUUCCCUCACAAGAGAGCAAAUUUCCGCCGAAAGCUUAACACACUUUUGCUCCAGAGCCGAUUCUGGGCUCUCGAGGAAUCAGGCCACCGGGAGCUCUCUCUGGAACCGGUUGAAAAUUUCAUUAAAGGCGAGGAGUUCCUGGCGGAAAGGGCAAUGUCGAGUGUUGUAGGAAUAACUCGACAUCCAGUCAAGGAGCUCAGGCUGACGGAGCAAGCGUAUGCACUCUGCUCAAAAUACGUUUCUGAAACCACUGGCAAUAAUAAUGGCACUUGGAAGGGUCCGAAAUCAAAUCAAGGGAUACUGGAAGCCGAACUCGAAACCAUCGACACCUGGCUGAAGGACGGGAGUUCCAUUGCUUUUUGCAGGAAGAUGAUACUGAGUGUUGUCGGCUUCAGUAUACAAGAAAUGAUCAAUGGCGCUAUCCAGGAAGCAAGCCUUCCAAUAUCCUAA